UGUGCAAUCGCGUGAUACACACGCUUUUUGAUUCAUUUGACAUGAUUGAACAUAUAAGGUUACACAUGGUCCGUUAGAGAAUAUCACAUACAAUUAUGUCUAUUCAUUAUCUUAAUUUUGUUUUCAAUGAGUUUUUAUGUACCCGGACUUAAUGAAAAAAGAGAAAAUGAAUCUUGCAGUCAUCAGGUCUUCUGUAGCUAUUCUUGGACUUUGUUUGGCAUUUAUGACAUUAUUUCUGUCGCAAUGUGAAGGGAGAGGCAGUAUCUACUCGAUCAACAUCAGUUGCCCGGACGGCUUCAUGCAGGCAGUCAACAGCUGCUACUACUUCAACACGGAUCAGCUCCUGACAUGGGACCAGGCGAGGACGGAGUGCUCCCUUAGGAACGCCGAUCUCACGGUGAUCGGAAACAGGGACCAGCUGAACUGGCUGAACACACAGACUGAGGAAUACUCUACUGAUGGCUGGUGGAUAGGCCUCAAGUACAUGGGGUCGACCUUCGACUGGGUCCAAUAUGGUGGUGAUAAAACUCUAAUAGAUUGGCGAAACGAACCGGACGACUAUGACAACCAGGACUGUGAUGCCAUUAACGAGUUCGGCAAGUUCAGUGACGAGUACUGCAGGUCAAAGCUGGGCUUCAUCUGCUCCUACCCUAUCCAGCCAGGGGAUGAGUGCCCGACCAAUGAGCAGACGUGGCUGUUUGCGAGUGCAUCCUGUUUCUUCAUCAGCCCCCUCCUGAACAGCUCCCUCUACCUCAACUGGACGGACGCAAAGACGUACUGCGCCAACUUAAUACCGAGCAAAUCAACUCAGCUGAUGGCGCUGAAAAGUUAUGAUGACUUGUUAAGCCUUCAGAGCCUGCUGUCGACGUACAACAAGAACGUGCUGCUGCCCUGGUGGACGGGACUCAAUGACCAACAGACAGAGGGAGAAUACCGCUGGGUGGACGGCACGCUGGCCAACGGCUCACUCAUCAACUGGGAUUUGGCGCCAAGUGCUGACCGCUCGCAGCAUCAGGAUUGUGGCGUCAUGUAUCAAGACGGUAGCAUUGAUGACGUCACGUGUGAUAAGCGCGCGCAUUAUAUAUGCGGAAUGUCGGCGUUCCAAGGAUACGUUGACCUAGGAUGCGGAUCUUGGUUGCGGGGCGGCACCUCGUGUUACCUGCUCGGGAAAGGCAAUUUAGUCACGUGGACAGAUGCACGUGACAGCUGCGCACGCGCGGGAGCUCACUUGUUGAAAGUAGACAGCUUUAACGAAAAGGCCUGGUUGGAGGGGCAGUACAUAGGGUCGUACGGGUUCUGGACCGGGCUCAACAAGCCCCAGGGCGGCUCCUCCUGGGUGUGGCAGGACAACACGCAGGCAGCGGACACUUAUGUAAAAUGGAAUUCUGAGCCAAACAACAAUGCGGGCAAAGAAGACUGUGUUGAAAUCCACAGAGACGGUCUGUAUAAUGACCUUGACUGCAAUGCGAAGGCAGCCUUCAUAUGCGAAUACCCGCUGCCUUAUGGAACUCCCUGCGUAACUGGCUGGUUCCAGUGCCAGCAGUCGUGUUACUACCUUAGCCCAGCAAAUUACAGUCUUACAGUCACGUGGUUUGAGGCCUAUCAGCGCUGCCAGGACCUCCUGGCGGGACUGGGGCCGGACGGAAACAGCUUGCAGUCCAACCGCCUGGCGGUCAACAGCGGCGAUGAGGCGGCCUGCGUCAACACGCAGCUUCAGACUUUACCAGUCGGCGCCCCCGGGUACUGGACCGAUCUGUCGGAUCUGGCGGUGAAAGGCAUCUGGCAGUACUCGUCUGCAACCGACAAUCCACCAGACAUGUCGCUUAUAAACUGGGCAAAAGAACCGAACAACGUGAACGGUAACGAAAGUUGUGCCGUCAUAUACGACGGUGGUUUCUAUAACGACGUGAACUGUGUGCAACAGUUCUACUACAUCUGCGAGCGAACAGCAACAACUGUGAGUUCCUCGGCGUCUGUUCUCCAUUCGUCCUGGACUGGAGCUAAACUCUUCGUUGGACUCGUAAUGUUAAUUCAGAAACUUCUUCGUCUACAACGAUUACUUUAGCGCAUAUGAUAUUAAUAUGGCCCCUAUAAAAAGAAUGUGACACACAGAUGUUUUUCAAACAUUCACGGUACAAACGCGAACAACAUAUGUUGGAGACACUUUACUUUUUUUUGCAGUUGGAGCUAUUGAGUCGUUAUUGUUAAGAUGUGUGUAGUGUAAAUAAAAAUGUUUAGUGUACUUUUGUGUCUCAUAUUACAAGUAUAGUCAUAUACAUGUACUUUGGAAGUGCAUUUUCAUUUAUAGAUGUAAACAAUGCUGCAAAAGUCUAAAUACAUGCACCAUAAAUGUUAAUUACCAGACGAUAUAAUCUGUGUAUCUUAACUGUCCCUAUUUUAAUUAAUGUGUUUCUUUUUCACAUAUAUUGUUUUUGUAAUAAAUAAGUUCACCCAUA